AUGGGAAAGUCUCAGCGGCGUAAGAAGCGUUUCAAGACACAGGAACAAGAGUUUCUGGCCCGGAGUCAGCUGAUCAUCGAUCAAGCAAACUUCAAAAACUCUUGGGCACGUGGAAAAGACUUUCUCGCGUACCAACGUGAAGGACGCAACGGUGGGACAGCCGACAUCGUAUGCGGAUGCGACCCGUCCCCUCGGACCGCAUGGCGGAAUAGCCAGGACUACUACCUGAGCAUGAGCCCAUCCCGGGCGCUUGUUGAGACUGAUAACCCCGACGAUCCAAAUCGCGAACGCAAAACCGUCAAAAAGAUAAAGAACAAGAACAAAAAGAUCAAGAACAAAAAGACCAAGAAAGACAAUGACAACGACGUGGAGCCGGUGCGAUUCAGUCGUGUCUUCUUCUUCAUCCACAAAUCAAUCCCGAGGGAUCGAUGGAAUAUUCAGUAUCAUGAAGGUCCCAAUAAAGACAUGCUGGCAACCCUUCAUUUAACGACGGCAGACGGUCCAAUUGCGAUCCACUCCGUGUACAAUGUCAAUCAAGACAACAUGAAGCUUGAUAUUGAGCUCAUGGCUGAGCAGACCAACCGCGAAAAACGCAAUAUUGUCAUGGGAGACUUCAACCUGCACAAUCUAUUAUGGACUGGGCCUGAGCUGCUCACCCCGUCUCGGGACACCCCAGCCGGCAGGUUGCUAGCGCACGAGAUGAUCACGAAGGCCAACAUGGCACUCUUGACCAAGCAAGGUACUAUCACAUGUACUAGGGGCGAAGGCGAUGACCAUGAUAUUGCUUCAUGCAUCGACCCCACCUUCGUCAGUGACUGCCUACGCUCUCAGGUUACUCAUUGGGGUGUCUUCGCAGAUAAUCCUUGGCCUAAGAGCGACCAUCGUCCCAUUAGAACAGUGCUCAACAUUACGCCAUACAGAGACAACACAGAGAAGUUUUUGCACAACAAGGUCAAACCUGCAGUGUUUGCCGCCGCCCUCAAGGAGAACUUACCUCAUUUGGAGGAAAUGCCGCUUGACACUGAGGACGAUGUAAAGAAGUUCGUGCCAGCGCUUGUCGCUCUCAUCUCGGCCGCCUCAACGGAAACGACCCCGAAGCGGCUCGUGAACCCGCCACCAGCACGGAAACCAAUGGACCCUCAUCUCAGACAGAUACUGCUUGGGGGCGGCGUUGAGCUCAAUAUACCGGCUUCCGAACUCGACUUCAAGCCGCCACCAAAGAAGCGAACUCCUUGGCAUGAGUACCUUCAACAAACAGGCGAGUCAAUGGAUGCCCUUUGGUUUCAGACCAAGUUAGCAGCCAGAAUGUCACAGGACCGGAUUGUGAAGUCCAUGCCGGCGCUGUCCGAUGACAACGGCGUCCCCACUUUCUUCAGUGAGGAAGCAAAGCAGAAUAGGAUACGAUGCAAGACGUGGACAAGAACCAGCGAUCUCGAUCACCCAGUUGAGAUUCCGUUCCCUACACUGAACGCCACCGGGACUUUGAAUCGACGGCGGCGACGUUUCCUCGAGAAACACGUCACACCCAAAGAUAUUGAGAUUCUCAUCAGGAAGCAGCCUAGCCGGAAGGCUCCGGGUCAUGACCUGAUUUGCAUCGAGCAACUCAAGAUGGGUUACAAAGAGCUUGCCCCUUCUAUCGCACGUUUGAUCAAUGCGUUACUCAAACUCAGUAUCUUCCCUGAAGCAUUCAAAACCGCCAUUACCGCAAUGCUUCCGAAAUCAGGGAAGGAUAGCUAUGACACAGUUAACAGCUGGCGCCCUAUUGCACUUCUCUCCGUUUUAUCGAAGCUUUUUGAGAAGAUUCUUGCCGAACGUCUCAAGAAGUUUGUUGUGGACUAUAACUUACUUCCUGAGACCCAGUAUGGUGCACCUGGGAAGUCUACUACACAUGCCAUUGAAAGCAUGAUAGGCGUUAUUCAUAAGGCCUGGUCUCGGAAGUAUAGCAAAAAGUUCAAGAAACGCUGGAAGUUUAUCAGGGAGAAGGUGACCAUGAUGGGUCUAGAUGUAUCUGGGGCCUAUAACUGCGUCGACCCUGCACUACUCCUACAGAUGCUUGCAGACCUUGGAGUGCCCGAGUCUUUCCUUCGAAUAAUGCAUUCGUAUUUCUCCCACCGGAUCGUUAAGCUCAAGCUACCCGAGAGCACAUCAGUGGGAUUCUAUAUGCUUAUUGGCAUUCCGCAAGGUUCACCUCUUUCCCCGUUACUGUUCCUCAUCUUUACUGCACCUCUUCUCCAGAAAAUCAACGAGGACAGAGAAAAACUUGGCAAGCACCGUAUCAGAAUCGUUUCCUUCUCGUACGUUGAUGACACCUAUCUCCUCGCCGUCUCCAACUCUUAUGAGAAGAACUGCAUGGGGUUGAAGAUAUUUCAUGAUGAGAUCGAUAAAUGGGCUUCAUCCGUCGGCCUGACAUUUUCACCGAACAAGUAUAGCGUCAUGCAUUUCCGGGCUCCAAACGACCCGGAUCCUCCCUGCAAGCUUCUUCCAGAUAUUGAUGGACUCAAGGACAACCCUGAAGCACUCAAGGAAGAAAAGCUCAAGGUCCUCGGAGUCGUUGUGGAUCCGGCUCUCACCUUUGCUCAUCACAUCUCCAACCUUGAGAAGAAGGCCAACAACGCAAUACGACAUUUCCGCAUCCUUUCACGGCCGACUUCGGGUAUCCGGCUCAACAAGGCGAGGACGUUCUACAUGUCCAAGAUUCGACCCAUUAUAUCGCACGCAUGCGCUGCCUGGUUUCUUCACUGCCCAGGUCGACGUAUACCAUGGUCCCUUAAGCCGAAGCAAAUUGGGAGACUUGAGAAAUUAGAGUACAAGUGUCUGCUACUGAUAUCGGGGGGUAUUCGUGGUACCUGCGGUGACCAGAUUCUCAAGGACCUCAACAUCGAGGGCAUUCGCGAGUUUCUGUGUCGCAUGUCCAUGACUUCACGAGCUAGGGAUCUCCAGGUUCGCAACAAGGAUGUGUGGUUUGAGAAACCAUUCAAGACGCCCAAGGACAAGAACUAUAACGUCACCGGGUAUCAGAUACUCGACGAAGAAGCAUACCGGUUGGCCGGCAGGUCGGCCAAGUAUUUCCGCAAGCGCCAUAAAGGCACCGAUGAAGAGGCAUUGAAGGCUUGGAAAGUCCCAGCCAAACGCAACGCUGCCGUUAAGAGCCAAGCAAAGUGGGAAGCAGAAGCGAAGUGCGCCUCUGCCUGGAUCACCUACCGUCGCAAGAGAACUGCUAAAGUUCGCACGACGCACCGUCCCGCAGCCAUCGAGGAGAAGCGAGGUCGAAUAAGCUUGAGCUACUACAAGGGUCUCACUCGUCCGCAAUCUACACUUGCAAUACAGCUGCGCACCGAGCGCAUUGGGCUCAACGGAUACCUGAGCAGCAUCAAAGCAACCAGAGACGUCAAGGUUCCAGGAUCCGAGGACGUUAUCAGACAUCCCAUCAAGCCAGCAUGCUCGUGCGGUCAUCAUACUCAGACCGUCUAUCACCUGUUCAUGCAUUGCUCAGACCUUCAUGCCGCAAGGUUAAGGUUAAUAGAGCGCAUUGGAGCACUCAACUGGAAGACGUUGCUCACUACCCACCUCAAGUUCGCCGCCGACUGGGCCAUGGUUUACUUCAACCUCGGCCAGUUCGUGUUUGCCCAGGCGGACUCGAUGUUCUACAUCCCAGAUAGAGGAGGUUAA